GUGGACUUGUGCUCCUUACAAUGCUCAAUGACCGUGUUGAUCAGGAUUUGACGUGCCGUGAGGAGCUUAUUACUCUUAUUGUAUCUCUUUUACCUCUGGUUUGGAAGAUUCCAUUGCAAGAAAAAGCAAGAGAAGUUAUUUUACCUUCACUUGAAGCAGAACCUUUUACUACCAAAGAGAGUUGUUCAACACUACAAAAGCCUCAGAGAAAAGACACUGAAGGAAUUUCCUCAUCAGACUGCUCAAAUCUUUUAAAUGUUAACUCACGACACCAUAAAUCAAGACGCCAGUCCAAAAAACACACCUUGUUAUACAUCUAAGGAUGAAAAAAAGUCACUGUCUACAUCAGAUUCUGAAGAAAUCCUGGAUGAAAAGACUUUAUCUGUAACUAAACAAAGACAUGCACAGCAUACCCUUACAUCACACUCAUGGGAGUCAGCUGUAUCUGGCAAAGGUUUCCCUCAACAGAAAUUGGAAAGUAAACCAAAACCAGAUACAAGCUUCUCAGAUAUUAAAAUUUUAGAAAGACCUGUUUCCCUGUCAGAGAAAAACACCUCUCCAUUUGAUCUUUGUCGAAUAUUGCUAUCUUUACUUGAAAAAGUUUCCAAGUUUGAUAUAAAGCUGAAUCAUAGCAUUUCACUUUCUGUUACUGUCAUCCCAGCAUUAACAGAGUUCCUGUUGGGCUUUGGUGAUUAUUAUGCAUGUGACAGAGGAACACUGGCAACGGGAUGGACUGAGGAACCAGUGGCAUUAGUGCAGAGAAUGCUGUUACGCACAGUCUUAGGACUACUGUGUGCCGACAUUAAUAGCAGGGAUGUUAUGCCAGACAAUUUAAAGAAAAACCUUAAUGAUUUGUUAAAAACAGCCUUAAAAUAUAAAUUUUAUCUAAAUAGCAGGCCUGACAUAUGCCACCAACAGUCAGUCAAAGAUGGUGCAGAAAAAUUA